AUGUUGAGAAUAAAAACUCAAGAACAGAGGGAUGAAGGUGAAGGAAAGUCUGAAAAAAGGAAUCCAGGAAAAAAAAAGAAAGGUGACAAGGCCUCGAAAUCCCAGGAAAGUGGAUUGAGAGUCAGGACAAUUCUACUAUCCCUGCCCGUGGAUGGACCACUCGAAGCAAGGCUGUUGAGUAACCUGAGCUCACCAGACCAUGAUGUGACGCCCCUUCUGCCCCUAAAGUGCGAGAGAGGCCUGGGCGCCGGGACUCCCGCCUCGCCGUGGGGCCGGCGCCCGCGCAGCCGCAAGCCCGAAACCCCGAAACCCCGCGAGGCGCCCCCUCGGGCCCUUAGGUCCGUUUGGUCGGCGGAGACAUGGGAUUCUGAAGGAGACCUAAAAGCUUCGGAAGAGCGCAGAUCUAUUGAUGAGGAAGCGGCCCUUCAGUCUCCUGAGGUUCUUGGAUAUCACAGGCAUCUGCUGCAAUAUCCCCACUCUCUAGAAGGGCAAACCUGGGUACUGAAGAGUACAAGAAGAGAACACCAGGCAGGAGGCUGUGAGUCAAAUUGUAAAGAGAGUCAAGACAACAUCCUCAUAGUCCCUCUAAUGGUCUCGUCUCACUCUGCUCUGGAGGACAGUGGCUUCCAUCACCACCAUCCACAACCUCAUCUACCAUGAAGCUACAUCCACUCCCAGCCUGACUGGCCAUCAGAUGCUAAGUGAGUUGUCUCCAUCCUUCACCACUCAAAAGAAAAGUCCUUGGAAUUUUGGCACAUAUCCUUUGAAAGUUGUGGUUCUGGUUUGCUAAAGCUGCUGGAAUGCAAAAUACUGGAAAUGGAUUGGCUUUUAUAAAGGGGGUUUAUUUAGUUACAAAGCUAUAGUCAUAAGGCCAUAAAAGCAUCCAAACAAAGGCAUCAACAAUAGGGUACCUUCACUGAAGAACACCCAUGGCAUCAAAAUCCUGUUAGCUUAGAAGGCACGUGGAUGGUGUCUGCUUGCUCCUAGGUUGUGUUUCAAAAUGGCGUUCUCCAAAAUGUCUCUAGGCUUGGCUUCUCAGGGCAAACUCUGGGCCAGUAUCUACAAAGUGUCAGCAAAAGUCUGC